CCUCUGCAUCAGCCUUGCUUUGAGGCUAUAGGGCCAUGGCGGAGAGGGUGCUGGUACCCACCCAGAUGGGCCGGGGGGACCGUUACUACACGUACACGGAGCUGUUGGCUAUCUCACGGCGUUUCAAGCAAAACCCCAAUGAGCUCAUGGUCACCUGGAUCCUGAGGGUAUAUGACCAGGGAGGCCCUGCCCUGUCCCUGAAUUCCGGGGAGCUGGGGCUACUGGGUGACCUCACCCAUGAUGCCAUCUUUAACUAUCGAUGCAAAGCCCUGCGAGGGGGUGGCUGCCAGACACUGUUGAGCUGGCUGCUGCAGGCCUGGCGCCAGCGCUGGGAAUCCUCCCUGCAUUUUGAGGCCACUGAGCUGCCCUUUAGGCCUUGGACCACCAUGGAGGAAGGCAUCCAGCUGGUGCGUGAGCUGGGUAUGAUUGAGUGGAUCUACCUUGACCCAGAGGGGCCUGUGGACCUGGCCCCAGAGGAUGUGGCCUUCACCCAGGGCCUGCAGAGGCGCCUGCUCACAGCCGCACCCUCUGAGCUACGACUCUCGCUGGUCAGCCUGCUGGUGCGUGGCAUGACGGUACUGGAGGCUGUGAUGGAGAUCCAGACCAUUGCUGAUGUGGGCCUGCUUUGGCGCCAGAGCCAGCCAGGCCGCACCAAGCUUAUGCUGGGGCCCAAUCCAACUCGAAAGGACCUCCUAAGCUGGCUGAUCAGCCAUGGCGUGCCCCGGGAGCAGGUGGACAGGCAGCCCACCAAGGUGCUCCUGGAACUGUACAUCAAAGAAGCCAAGCGCAGUCGUGGCCACCCCAGCUAUGGGCUGGCUGAGGAGCAGCCCCCACCACCUCCCUACUCCGACCAGGCCUGUGGGGAAGAGCCACCUGUGAGGCAUGACUAGACCCGGAGACUGGCUUCGAGAGCACACUUGUACCCGGGGUUGAAGGUGGGGAAAGGAAUUGCACAGAGGCUGCCUGCAACCUCGGCCACUGGGAAACAGCUUGGCAAAGCACCUUCCCCACAUUUCUGUCCUCUAGCACUUGUGCCAAGUUCAGUGGCCUCCCCCAAAGAGGGGUGUGCACGUCCCCAGCCACACCGUCCAUGUGCUGUGAGUCUAGGGUGCUUGGUGGCCCUCAGUUAAGCCCCUUGAGUUGGAACACAAGGCCAUGCUGAGGUAGGUGGCCACAGCAGGGUCCCCACCCCUCUGCUUCCACAUGGGCCCCAAAGCACUACGUACAGGCCAUCUUGAAUUUUUUACUUUUUCAAUGCAACACUUACAUAAUAUUUUAGGUAUGGGCCACGCUUCCGUGGACCUUUACUAGGUGUUUAACACUUUAGGGCCAGUCUCCCUAUUUUAAAGGCUUAACAUUGUAAACUUUUUUCUAAUGCAGCAUUUUUACUUUAUAUUUUAUUUUGAGCUUAUGUGACACUUUGGUUUGGGGGAGGGGAGAGCCCCCUUUUGUAAAGACUUUGUUUUGGGGGCCCUGUCCCCGUUUUCUUUUAGCCAUGCCCUUCCCUUUUGAAGCACCUUCCAGCUGGGUCUGGUGUCCCUGGCUGCACACAUGGCUCCUGGCCAGUGUAGAUCUGAAUUUAAUGGAGGGGCGAGAUGGGCAGCCCUGGAGCUUCUGCCUUCGUGAGUUCCUAUUAAAUGGCUGCUUCAUUACCCUC